UCAGACGUGUGCUCCUCCGAUCGAGUCCAGCACAUCUAGUGUACUACAGCUCCGAGGCCAGCGCCAGACUCUCCAAAAUGAGCGACAACCCUGUUAAAGAAGAGGUGCAGCAGUUUGACAAGAGAUGCCUAAAGAAGACAAACACGGCGGAGAAGAACACUCUGCCCACUAAAGCAGAUAUCGAGCAGGAGAAGAAGGCUGCAGAGGGGGGCAAAUAAACGCAAGCCGUGCCGCUCUCCGCUCCUGCAUAAACCCAAUCAUUUAUCAAUCUACUGGCAUUUCUAAAAUCAUGUGAGCUGCAGAAUCAUGUAUGUAACUGGAACCGUGGAUAUUUUCGAUCUUCUGAUCACGUGUGAUUUCGAGAGGAGAUGAUGAUGUGGCAGUAAACGAGCACAUUUCUGUAUCUGUCAUCACUGCUCGCAUCAGUCAAAUAAAAUGUGAGAUGAUAUUUUUGUUUAAUAAAUGAUAAUAAAAACUUC